AUGAAGGUCUUCUCAACCUCUCUCUGCUUCGGACUCCUGGCUUUACUGUGUGUGAUGAACCUUUUAAAAUCUGCACAUGGAAGACAACCUCUGACCGCAGGACAUGAGCUGUUUCCAGCUAACGAACACACAAUUCAAGAGAAACUACUGCUGGCUCUGCUGAGCCACCACCCCGGUUUCCAGAGGCCCUCCCAUGCCGGUGUAGAUCUGCCCAUUAGCCCAGAAGACCUUAAACAGCUAAAAAAACUGAAAGAACAGUUUAUGGAGGGAAAGACUGCUGAACUGACCCACGCCACAGAUGCUGUAGAUGGCACCCUAUCCUCUUCCCGUCCUAAUAAAAGAGCUUGUUUUUGGAAAUACUGUGUCUGA